AGGCCCCUGUUGACACAGGACCCCCACCUUCUAUGCAGUUACAUUUAGGGAGGCAGGUUCAUUCUAUUCUUAAAAGUAUCUCUAGUUGAGAGAGUUGCAGAAGUGCCAAAUAGAGGUGUACAGAACGAAGGGCACACUUGCCUUUGUAGGACCUGUGGCUUUGUAGUUUUUAACAGUUUAUUUAAAGCAGGAGAAGGUUCUUUCUUCAACUUCUGAGCUUUCCACUGGUCACCAAUUGUUUUUUCUACCACCAUGACUUCUGUGGAAACGAGUCCCGGAUUUGAUUUAAUCCAGGUCAGGAUCGAGAGCCUAAGCAGCAAAAUGGACACACUCAUUAGCAUCCAGGAGAAAGUCCUCAGCCGCCUGGACAGCAUGUCCGAGGAACUUGUCGGGAUAGAACGAGAUAUGGAAACUUUGAAAGAAGACAAGGAAGAGACACCUCCAACAAGCCGCACAAAGGGACUGGCCCGAGGCAUUGGGGGUGAGAUGAAAGAAAUGUGCCAAGAAAUGAACAACAUCAUGACAGCUGUAAAUGAGCGUUCCGAACAGCAGACCAAGAAACUGGAAGGCAUGGAGAGGCUUGUGAUGAGCAUCCAACAGGUGGUUAGCUUUAUCGGGGAAACCGUCAAGACUUCCAAAAUCACAGAACUCAUGUUCAAGGGGCCAGCAGCACGCAAAAGUAAAGUGAUGUUAUCCUCAGGGGUCAAGACCCCGGAUAGCAAACAUGGUACUAAGAGACAGGCCUCAGGUGAACCUAUACCUGGGAAGAAAACUACCUCUAUUAAACCCAGUAAAAGGACAAAAGUGUUAAACCUGGCAUUUGAGCCCAGCAGCCUGAAGGCUCCUGAUAAACUAAAGCUUCAUGGACCAAAGAAUUUCCUUUCCUCAAAGAAAUCCUUCAAAUUUCUUGACUCAUCCAUAUCAUUGCCUUCAGAACUGAAGGAUCACAAGUUUAAAGAAGGGAAGGAAAAAAGUCACCUGAGCUUUAAGGGGCUGAAGGCGCUGAAGAAAAAGAAGCCCCCAGACACUACAGACUCCUCCUCUGUGAAGAAACAAGCCCUGCUGCUGGAGGAAGUUCAGAAGCUGAACAGAGAGAAUGCUGAACGCUCCAUGUCAUCCACAGGGUCGGAGGCUGAGGAGCCUCUUAGCCAAAAUCUUCUGGAUUUCAUCCAGGAUAAAGCCAAAGAUCCUGCAAUUGAACAAGAGGAGCUUUUAUCAGAAAGUCAGGAGAGCAUCACCUCUCCAGAGUUAAAAGAAGAGGAGGAGAAAGCUGAGGAGCCAAAAACUGAAGAUAUUCAGGAUAAAGAGGACGAGACAGUUAAAUCUAAAGAAGAGGAGGAGGUCAAAGAGGUGAUUAAGCAAGAGAGCAAAGAGGAAGAAUGUUCCAUGGUCAAAGUUAUAGAGGAGGAGAAUGCUGUGACACCACAGAGCUGUGAACCUGAACCGCUGCACGAAGUCGCCAAGAUCAGUGAGCCAGAGAAGGGCCUUGAACUCCAGACCUGUGAAAAAGACAGCGAGGAAAUGAAAGAAAAUGAAAAGCAAAUGCAUGUUCCUCAAGAUCUGUGUGGAGUUUUCAAAGCGGACGGAGUCGAAAUCCAUUUAGACUUUAGCAAAAUUAACAAAACGGAAGAGGAACAAUUUGACGAUGGCGAGUGCGAGCAGUUCUUCAUCGAUUGCACCCCUCCACCUCCAGCUCCCUUCAACCACCGUGUGGUUUCAGCCAAACCCAACCAGAUCAGCAAUUUCUACACCAUCAACCACCAGGAGAUCAUUGGAGGAGGCCGUUUUGGUCAGGUGCACAAAUGCAUUGAAAAUUCCUCCGGACUCACCCUGGCCGCCAAGAUCAUAAAAGCACGGAGUCCAAAGGAAAAGGAUGUGGUGAAGAAUGAGAUUCAGGUCAUGAACCAGUUGGACCAUGCCAAUCUGAUCCAGCUCUAUGCUGCCUAUGAAUCCAGGAACGACAUCAUCCUCGUCCUCGAAUAUGUAAAUGGUGGUGAGCUCUUCGACCGGAUUAUCGACGAGAACUACACCCUGACAGAGCUGGACACGGUCAUGUUCGUCCGACAGAUCUGUGAGGGUCUGCGCUAUAUGCACAAAAUGUACAUCAUCCAUCUGGACCUGAAGCCUGAGAAUAUCCUGUGUGUUAGCAGAGUGACAAACAAAGUCAAGAUCAUCGACUUUGGACUGGCAAGAAAAUACAUACCCCGAGAGAAGUUGCGAGUGAAUUUUGGUACACCAGAGUUUCUCGCCCCGGAGGUUAUCAACUAUGACUUUGUGUCUUUCAACACGGACAUGUGGAGCCUCGGAGUCAUCGUCUACAUGCUCCUGAGUGGUUUGUCCCCAUUUCUCGGAGAUGAUGAUAACGAGACACUGAACAACAUCCUGGCCUGCCACUGGAACUUUGAGGAAAGCGAGUUCUUAGGCAUUUCAGAUGAGGCCAAGGACUUCAUCUCCAAACUGCUUGUCUACAAUAAAAGUUGGAGGAUAGGUGCAAGUGAAGCUCUGAAGCAUCCUUGGCUGUCAGACCCAUUGCUUCAUCAUCACCUUUACAAAAAGAAGAACAUGUGUCAUUCACGUCGAAAUUCAUGUGUUCCUGAGAGCUAAUAUCUGGCUUUGUUUCUGCUAGCUGAGGCCAUCUGGACCAAGCCUGCUGUGCUUUUUAUUACUGGACAUUACUUGUAAAACUACCUACCUUAUGCUGUUUGGGUCAUUUGUUGCAAACAUUUGUGCCAUUCUGGUAACUGUAGUCACAUAUUAUUAAGGUUAACAUCAUUAUCAUUAUUAACAUCAGUUAAUAAAGUCCAUAGUUUAAUAGUCUACUGAUUCAUAACCUAAUAACACCAUAAAGAGAUUAUCUGAAUAUAGUAUUAGGAAAUACAAUGAUUAGGAUUAAUAAUAAUCAAAAUGAUUGGUUUUUGAUUUUUAAAGACAUUUAAAGUACCACUGUAUAUGGAAUAAGUAAGGAAUAAAACACUUUGGCAUGU